UUCCGCACCCCCCCCUCUCUCUCUCUCUCUCAGACGAAAGGGGAAGUGGAGAUGGUCUCGUCUCACAUCGAUCUCUAACCAUAACCCUAGCCCCAAUCUUGGAGGGGGAAUCUGCCUCACCGCCGGCCGGUGAGCUCUCCGCCGCUCCUCCUCCGCUGCCGCCGACGCCGUUUCCACAGGAUCGUUGUGUGUGUGACAACUGCUGGAGUCAUAAAUGGAAGUGGAACAAACCCCUGAUGGACCAGAACCUAUGAAUGUUGAUUCUCCUAACAAUGGCAUUGAAGACCUAAAUAUGAAUGUUGGGAGUCUGGAAAAGUUUUGCAAAGAGGCUGCCCGGUCCUUUUUUGCUGAAUGGGGGCUCAUUAGUCACCAGAUAAAUUCGUAUAAUGAAUUUAUAGGGCAUGGGAUUCAGGAUCUGUUUGACUCCCUUGGUGAAGUGAAUGUAGAGCCUGGGUAUGAUCCCUCGAAGAAACGCGGUGCUGAAUGGCGUCAUGCAACCAUUUCAUUUGGGAAGGUUAGGCUAGAAAAGCCUUCAUUUUGGUCUGGGAGGGAUGAUCUCCCAGAGGAAAAUCUCAAAUUAUUGCCUAGACAUGCACGCCUCCAGAAUAUGACGUACUCCUCUCAAUUGAAAGUGGAAGUGAGAGUGCAGGUUUAUACACAAGAGAAAAGUGACAAGGCAAAGACUGGCAAAGAUGCAUAUAUUCAUAAGAACGUGGUGAGCGACAAAAAGAAGGAGAUUGCAAUAGGAAGAAUUCCAGUUAUGAUUAGAUCAAAGCUUUGCUGGCUCCACACACUUGACAAAAGUGAUUGCCUUUUUGAUUCUGGUGGCUACUUUUUGAUCAAAGGAAUGGAGAAGACCUUUAUUGCACAGGAACAGAGGCAUUUAGCAAGAGUCUGGGUCACUGACAAACCAAGCUGGACGGUAUCAUAUUUAUCCGAAAUGAAGAGGAAGAGAAUCUACAUAAAACUCGUUGAAGCUCCAAAAGCUGAAGGUUUCAGUGGUGGAAAGGUUGUCAACUUUUUUUUCUUGUAUGCUACAAUUCCAGUUUGGAUUAUGUUUUUUGCCCUUGGUGCAUCAUCUGAUAAAGAAGUGUUUGAGAUGAUUGAUCUUGGAGAAUCUAGUGCUGAUUUGAUAAAUAUAAUUUUGGCAACUGUUAAAAAUGCCGACGAGCACUAUAAGAAGUUCCGCGAGGAUGCUGACGAGCAUGAUAAGAACUUCCGCAGGGUUGAUAAGGCUCAGGAUUAUGUAAAUAGUCAGGUCAAAGUUUCAAAAUUCCCUCCCAGUGAAUCAUUUGAUGAAUAUGUUGAUAAGUUCCUAUUUCCAAAUAUCAGUGGGCACAGGCAGAAGGCACUAUUUUUAGGAUACAUGGUGAAAUGCCUUCUACUGGCAUGCUUUGGGAAAAGAAAAUGUGACAAUAAGGAUGAUUUCAGAAACAAGAGAUUGGACUUGGCUGGUGAACUGCUUGCAAGAGAGUUGCGUGCUCAUAUUAGGCAUGCUGAGAGGCGGAUGGUGAAGGCAAUGCAGAGGGAUUUAUAUGGGGACCGUGACCUGCAGUUGAUUGAACGGUAUUUAGAUGCUUCGAUUAUCACCAAUGGACUGAACAGAGCUUUUUCAACUGGUGCAUGGUGUCAUCCAUACAAAAGGACUGAAAGGUGCUCAGGCAUCGUCGCAACUCUUAGAAGGACAAAUCCCCUCCAAAUGAUGUCUGACUUGAGAAAGACACGCCAACAGGUUGCAUAUGCAGGGAAGGCUGGAGAUGCUAGAUAUCCAAACCCUUCUUAUUGGGGCAAGUUGUGUUUUCUGUCCACCCCAGAUGGAGAAAAUUGUGGACUUGUGAAAAAUUUAGCUGUCACUGCACUUGUAAGCUUGAAGGUGACAGAACCAAUAUUGGAUAAGUUGAUCUCUUGUGGUAUGGAGAAAUUGGAUGAAAUUUCUUUAUCGUCAAUAAGCAAUAUGGAUAAAGUUUUUAUGAAUGGAGACUGGGUUGGAGUUUGUGCUGACUCAACUUCAUUUGUUGCAAAAUUAAGAUGCAUGCGCCGUGCUAGGCUAAUCCACCCACAGGUGGAGAUCAAGAGGGACAAGCACCAAAGAGAAGUCCGAAUAUUUUCUGAUGCAGGAAGAAUUCUGAGACCGCUUUUAAUAGUAGAGAAUUUAAAGAAAACAAGCAAGCUUAAAGGAGGUGUUUGCUCUUUCCAAUAUCUUAUGGAUGAGGGAAUCAUAGAACUCAUAGGUGUUGAAGAAGAAGAGGAUUGCCACACAGCAUGGGGAAUCAGGCACCUUUUUAUGGGGGAUGAAGGUGGGCCUGCUCCAAAAUACAGCCACUGUGAACUUGAUGUUUCAUUCUUAUUGGGCUUAAGUUGUGGCAUCAUCCCUUUUGCCAACCACAAUUUUGCUAGGAGGGUUUUGUACCAGGCCGAGAAGCAUUCUCAACAGGCUAUUGGUUUCUCCACGACCAAUCCAAAUAUCAGAGUGGACACUCUCUCCCACCAGCUGUACUAUCCACAGAAACCACUUUUCAGAACAGUGAUAGCUGACUGCCUUGGUAGGGCUGACUAUUCAUUGAGACGAAAAGACAGCAUGCCCAGACCAGAGUACUUCAAUGGUCAAAAUGCUAUUGUAGCAGUCAAUGUUCACCAAGGAUACAACCAGGAGGAUUCCUUAGUCAUGAAUAGGGCUUCCUUAGAGCGUGGUAUGUUCCGUACAGAACAUUUCAGGAGUUACAAAGCUGAGGUCGAGAAUAAGGAACUUACCAAACGUUUUAAACUGAGGGAUAAGGUUGACUUUGGCAAAAUGCAAAGCAAAAAAGGAAGAGUGGAUAGUCUAGAUGAUGAUGGUUUCCCAUAUAUUGGUGCGAGUCUUCAAAGUGGUGAUAUUGUUAUUGGGAAGGUUGCAGAAUCUGGAGAGGAUCAUGGCAUCAAGCUGAAACACACAGAAAAAGGGAUGGUCCAAAAAGUAGUGCUUUCAGCAAAUGAUGAAGGCAAAAACUUUGCAGUUGUUACUCUGAGACAGGUUCGUUCUCCCUGUCUUGGAGAUAAAUUUUCCAGUAUGCAUGGGCAGAAGGGUGUGGUUGGUUUCCUGGAGUCUCAGGAAAAUUUUCCAUUCACCUGUCAAGGAAUAGUUCCUGAUAUUGUGAUAAAUCCACAUGCUUUUCCUACUAGGCAAACUCCUGGUCAGCUGCUUGAGGCUGCUUUGGGUAAGGGAAUUGCCUGUGGAGGUUCGGUGAGAUAUGCUACACCAUUUACCACUGCAUCAGUUGAUGUCAUAACAGAGCAGCUGCACAGGGCUGGUUUCUCCCGAUGGGGUAGUGAGAAGGUUCUAAAUGGCCGGACUGGUGAAGUCAUGCGCUCUAUGAUCUUCAUGGGCCCCACAUUUUAUCAGAGAUUAAUCCAUAUGGCUGAAGACAAGGUCAAGUUCAGGAACACUGGGCCAGUUCACCCGCUCACAAGGCAGCCGGUAGCUGACAGAAAGAGGUUUGGUGGGGUGAAGUUUGGAGAGAUGGAGAGGGACUGCCUGCUUGCCCAUGGGGCAGCUUCCAACCUACAUGAGCGGUUAUUCACGCUCAGCGACUUCUCUCAGAUGCACAUCUGUCAGACAUGCAAGCGGGCUGCGAAUGUUAUCCUGCGGCCUGUGGUCGGGGGUAACAAGAUUCGUGGACCAUACUGUAAUUACUGCCAGUCCUCUGAAAACAUAGUCAAGAUCAAUGUGCCUUAUGGUGCAAAGCUGCUCUAUCAGGAGCUCUUUAGCAUGGGUAUUUGCUUGAAGUUCGAUACAGAAGUUUGUUAAUCUCAAGAUCCUUAUUGGUGCAUCUGUGGUGGCAAUGAAGCUGGAUUGGAUUAGACAAAUGGCCAGGUUACUUUCUGUGUGUGCAUGCUUUUGAAUUUUGAUACAUCCUUCUGAUGCAGAUGUGUAUAUACAAGUUGGUCCCUGUUCAAAACUACCGACCUAAAUU